AUUUAACACAGUGCAGAGCAGAGCUGGCAGUCACUGUUGCGCCUGGAUUGUAGCAGAGAGAGAGAGCCUCCGUCGAACCUGUUAGCCCCCCGCCAUGGAUGUCAAGCUGCUGGCUCUGAUGGCUCUGCUGGCCGUGGCCACACAAGUACCAACCUACAAUGCGAAGCCCAUCAGUCUGGUGGAGCGGUGUUGGUGUCGUUCAACCCUCAACACAGUUCCUCAGCGCUCCAUCAAAGAGCUGAAGUUCCUCCACACACCCAACUGCCCCUUCCAAGUCAUUGCCAAGCUGAAGAGCAACAGGGAAGUUUGCAUCAACCCGGAGACCAAGUGGCUGCAGCAGUACUUAAAGAACGCCAUUAACAAGGUGAAGAAAUCUAGAAGACGCAAUUCCAAGAAAAUCUAAACACAAGGACGCGUAUAGGUCUUUAGGCCUGGCAUCCCUGGGUGGAACCUGUAUACCUCCCUGUCACUGCUAUGGAUGUAUCCAAACACGCUGUAUGUAUCCGUCCACCUCUCUGGACCGCUUGCAAAACCAGCACUUCCCAGCCAGACCGUGCAGUCCCCAGCACUGCCACUGCCCCCCUCGGCACACCCACGCAGUCACCUAGACUCUCCAUGUUAGCACCGAGUGCCAUUAUACCUCAAGUAACGGGAUAGAGAGCACAAUUGUGUUUGAAUGUGCAACAUAUUAACUAACUGAGUGUGUCUGUAUUUAGUAUUUUCUUACUUCGCAAAAAGAUAAACAAUUUGAGCUUUUUGCCUCAAAAUGCUUUGUUUUUGUCAUGUCAGACAGAAACAUUCACAUCAGUCUUCCAGAAGGAAUUACAAUUGGGAUUAUGUUGGCUGGUUAUGUCUUAUUAAUUAUACAGACACCAAAGGGUCAAUUUUUUUCACAGUCAUGUCUCCUUUUUAAACCAUUCUUUAAAUGGUCCCCCAUGGACGCUCUCACACGCUGCCUAAAAACAAGCACUGACCUUGUUGUGCUAUAUAUUCCAUAUGACGGGGGUUGGAGCCAUAGGUAUAAUUAUAUUUCACUGUUUUAUUUUAUGCAAGAUUUAUGAUGGGUUGUUGUGACCUCUAUGUCUUAUAUGAAACACAAAUAUGCUUUUUCACCACCACAAAGUGCUGUCGUUGGAGUAGAAGCUGAUGUUGUGCUCAAGCCAUACUCUACUGUUUUAAACUUUACAAUUAAUACCUAUCAAUGCAGCUUUUUUGUUAUUGAACAUAUCAUUUAACAGAGACCAAAUAUUUAAAAAACAGCAAAACAUGCGACAUGAAGAAACCUGUGAACCUCAAAAAGCAUGGCCAUCUAAGUCAUUAUAUCAAUAUAAAGAUUGUCAUAACUUUUUCUACACCUUAUCAAAUGGUUUUUAGUUAAAUGUAUAAAAUGACAAUGGAGCAUACCACAGCAGUAUUUCCAUACCAGCACCUGUCCUUGGUAGGAAUGGAGAGCUUAUUAAUGGUCGGCCGAUUGAUAAAUGUCAGAAUGGGAAUGCUCACGGUGGCAAAAAGGAAGUGUUUGAUGAUCAUUUAUAUAUAUGUAUUUGAGCCACUUUAUUAUCAGAUGUCUUUUUUAAAUGUAAUUGUUUUAUUUUUAUAUUGUGUGUAAUCUUACUAAAUGCUAUUUUAAUGCAAUGUACAGUAGGCAGUAGCUACUUAACGAAGGCUAGUCCUUAAAAUCGGAGAUACAGUGUUAAACAUAUUUUUUAAGGUUUUAGGCAAUAAUUCCUAAAGUUAUACCGAUGUUACUAUACAGUUUGAAACACAAAAAUACUAUCUUUAAUAUUUGUUUACAAUGUGGAUCAAAUAAUUAGCAAAAAUACCAUAUAUCCCUCUCCUGAUUUUUUUUGUUCUCCAUUUCCUUAUUAACCAAUCUGUUAUGUAAUAGCCGUGAGCUGAAUAAAGCUCAACUCAGAGUGAUUGAAAACAAAAAGCCACUGUCCUUGUGUUACAUGAGUCAGGAAGUGAUUCAACCCACCGGUCGCCCCCCUGAACAAUUUGAUUUUAUUUUAAUAGAUUUACUGAGGUUGAUGAAUGAUGUGACAAUAGGGCCACCGAGCCAAAACAGAACAAAACAUUUAAGUUGAAAUGCAAGCGACCGACAUGUGCUUCCAAUCUGGACACUCCCCGCUCCCCAUGGGCUUUCUUUCCCCUUUCACUCAACUGCUGCCAUGCCGAACAUUUCCCCCCCUAAAACUGUAAUUUAAGUCCUGUUGGUUUUGGUCAUUUUUCUGGUCUUUGUUUAGUUUUUUCAGGUCUAUUUGCUGUGAGUGCCUGAUCACAGGUGAUACUCAUACCUUUUGCAGCUAAUGGUGCAAUAAUUAGUGUAAUUCAAUUCCCAUUAUUGUAAUAGGAGGUAACGGACUUUCUAUAUUAUUAUACCCAUUUGUUUAAACACAUUGCAUUAUAAGAUAACACUGUUCCACUGAUAUGCAAUGAUAAACGUCAGAUUUUAUUCAUUGUGCAAUUUCUGGACAAAACACCAUCCAUUAUCAAAUUACUUUAUUAACCGUAGAGUUAUAUCUAGAAAGAUUAUUGUGUUACUUUUUAAACUUCAAUCUUUUUAAUCUACUUUGUGAUUAUUAUCUCGAUAACAGGAGAAGGACAUUGCAUUACAGUACAUGUGGAAACACUUUAUUAACCACACUGUUAGGAUUUGUUUUUAACAUGUGUUUAGUGUUAUUAAUAAGACUAUAAGUGCUUUCAUGUUUAGUAUGGUGGCCCCACAUAUUCAAUGCGAUUAUAGAGUCAAAUACAUCUUCAUCACUGUGCAAAAGGAGCUUUUAAAUAAGUGUGUGUGUGUGUAUUAUUUGAACCAAAAUACACAAUCAGGUUCACAUCUACUGAACUAUGGUGCAUUAAAUAUCAAAGUGGGUGCAUGUGUUCCACUUUUGACCACGAGAGAAUGUGAAAUAUUUCUUUUGAGGCAGCUUCUGACACGUGUUCUUUUUGUGAGAUUUAAUGGAGUGUUAUUCUCUGUAUUGUCACUGUUUGUAAACUGAGAGGCAGUAUUUUAGCUAUGAUACUCAAGCCCUUUUUCAAUAAACUCAUAUGAAGUAAAAUCA